UCAAUAAGAACCAGCACCUAAAGGCCAAUUGAAUAACACCGUCUUGUUGUGUGUUCACGCGGCACUGCUAGGGACCUUCCUUGUUGCGUCAAUAAAAGACUUCUCCGAUCAGCUAAAAUUCUAAUAAAGCGGACUACUUUAUCCAGUGGACUCUUUUGCUGAAAGCUCUAUGAGGUCGAAUGGCGCAAACUACAAACUCCACCAACGAUUCUAGUAUCGAUCUAGUUUUGAUCGGUAAAACCGGAAGUGGAAAAAGCUCAACCGGCAACGCAAUCCUUAGAAGACCAAAGAGCUUUACAAUAGGCUACAGUACAAAAUCCGAGACGAAAGUACCUCAAUACGAGUGGGGUGAAUUCGAGGGCAGGACCAUUCAAGUGGUUGACUCCCCUGGUAUAAUGGACACAUUCGAAGAUGAAACAGGAGGGAUAACUAUGGUCCAGACUGCCUUACAAAACGUCAUUUUGGCUAACCCAAAAGGAUACCACGCAUUUGUGAUUGUACUGAAGUUUUCCUCGCGUUUUACAAGAGAAGAACAAAAAACUAUUGACAUCUAUAAAGGAAUUUUAGGAAUGGAUUUUCUCAAAGAUUUCGGUAUAAUCGUGAUGUCAAACGGCGACACUUUUGAGCACCAUUGUGAAGCAGACGAACUGAAUCUCGAGACGUUUUGCGCCGAUGAAAAAGGACCUUUUAAAGAAAUCUUGAAAGAAUGCAACAACAGAAUUGUUGUCUUUAAUAACAUAACCCAAGACGAAAAUUUGAAACACAAGCAAGUCAAACAACUCAUCGAUAUGGUAGACAAGCUGAAAGAUGAUGGUAGACGAUACACGAACGAACAAUUCCAGAAAGCGGAUCAGAUAUACCAGUACAUUAUCGCUACUUCUAAAAUCCCGAUAAUCAGCAAAGACAUGUUAAAAGAACAAAGUUUGAUUUCUCUAGAAAUUAAUAAAUCCGAUGCUUUGGCUGACCCCAAGGCUAGACUUGACUCGCUCAAGUCUCUAGAACCGAGAAUUAAAAAGUUAAUCAAAGAUUUAAACGACUUAGACAAAACUAACGGCACUCUGAACAUGUUUAUUAAAAAUGUUGAAGGUACGGAAAAAAUAGUAGGCAACAGAAUUAAAACACUAUCAAACAUAAUCACACAGCAAGAAAAGUUACAAAAAGACGAAGAAAGAUUACAGAAAGAAGAAAAUGAGCUUCAGAACAAAAUUAAAGCGUGCCAAAAAGAUAAACAACAGACCAUUAAAUUUGAAGAACAGCUCGCAAAAAUCACAAAGGAAAAACAAGCGAUACAGCAGGAAAAAGACAAAUUAAAAAUACAAAUAUCUGUCACUGACAAGCAAGAGAGUGUCGUGAAACAAGCUACGGAGGAGAAGAGGAAAGAUUUGCACGGAAAAUCUAACAAGAAUUUCUUCAAUAUAUUCACAAAAGUUGGAAGUUUCUUAAUCAAAAACGCCAGGACCAUAAUUGGAGUCAUACAAAAAAUUAAAGAUUUAACUGACAACUGAUUGAAAAUGAUAAAUGAACUUGUUGUAUUUAACACUGACUAAAGUAUUAAAUAAAUUUAGUUUAGAGUGUUGAAAACAAUUAUUGAACCAUGUUUUAAAAUAUUUGUAUCUACUUGUUUUGGUUAAUUUGUCUCUAGGUUAGCUUUAUUUAAAGCAAUUGUUAACCAUUUUGUGAACGCUAUUUUCCUAUAAAUUUGUAUCUAAGUAAAUUUUAUUAAACAAACACUUUGCCUGUGAAGUGUUGACUAUAAAACUCUAUGUCUGUUACCUGAGACACUUUACUAAUGACAAAUCUAGAAUACUGACUGAUCCAGUGAAUGCUUAAACAAAAAAAAAUCUCUAAAACUACUGUAUCACUAAGCCCACAGGCUGUAGAGCUCUGAUGUGAAAACCAUACUGCCAUAAAACAAUACCGUAUUAAACGUAAGCCCGAAGUUUGUCUAAUUAUGAAACAUUUUCUUAAGUUUAAGUAUUUUAUAAUAUGUUCUACUUUGGUCGAAUAAUUAAAACCAUGCAAUUUUAAGAAAUAAAACAUGUGCUUUUAUGUAUGUUUAAUUUAGAA